AUGAUCUUGAUUUAGAAGUUGAUUUGAAGAGUACCAGUUACACUUGGCAAUUUAUUGAUGCUCAAGGUAAUCCAGUCAAUCCAAGUCGUAUUGGUGAACAAGUUGAAAUUAAAGAUGGAAAAUAUUUAAAUAUUAAAGGAUAUCGUAAAACAACUGAACAAGAUUAUAUUCGUGGCCGUUGUGUUAUUAUGGUGACAGUCCCAUUGCCGAUUGAUGCUGAAGUAAGAGAAGAUCUACCACCGAUUCAAGAAUAUGGAUCAUCUUACUUUAGAUUUACUAAAAAAGUCACAUCGGAUCAAGGUGAAAAACCCGAAACUUCAGUUACAGAAGAAAUUGAAAGAUUUGAAGAAACAACAACACCAAUCUCUGAAGUAACAGAAGGUGCUCAAG